AUGAGUUCCUUUAAUUUUAAGUUAUCAGUGUCGAGGAAACCGAUAUUUAAAAUAUCAUCGACCAGACAGAGACGCAUAAGGAAUGAGGUAGGAUCCAAUAGUGUUGUCCCUUCGUUGGCUUCUCCUUCUUCUUGUAUUCAAGAGAUCAAUGCCUCUGUUAAUCCGGCGGAUGUUCCUUCAUCCUCAACAGAUUACGCAGAUGGUAUUGAUGCCAUCCAUGGUGUAGAUGUGGAUGACAACUCUUCUUCCUCUUCUUCUUCUUUGUCUUCUUUGUCUUCUUCAGUGUUGUGUAGUUCUGAGGCGGUUCCUGAAACUUCAUUUCAGGAAAGUUUGGCUUCAUAUUGUGUUGAUAACAAUAUUAAUCAUGUUCAGGGUAACAAUUUACUUACCCUUGUUCGAACCCAUAGCUGCUUCAGCCAUCUACCCAAGGAUAUUAGGACUGUCCUGCGUACUCCACGAACUUGUGUUCCAACAUAUGUUGUAGAACCGGGGGAGUAUGUUCAUUUUGAUGUCGAAGCUGAAAUUGUUAAAUAUAUCAGGAAUGCUUCUUUUUCACCAGAUUGGGAAUUAGAAUUAGAUUUCAACACAGAUGGAUGUGCUUUAGAUAGAGCGGGAACAAUCCAUCUGUGGCCAUAUCAGUGUAUGAUUAGGAACAUACCUGAUGCAAGGUCAAUAGUUGUCGGCAUUUAUAGAGGACUAUAUGGAUUGCAAAAGCCUACUGAUCCGAAUAGGCUUUUCAAAAUGUUCAUCAUGAACAUUACCCAUAUGCUUUCCAACGGUGGUGUAGAUCUUGAUGGUACUAAGGUACCAAUAUAAUUAAGAUGCUUUAUUGCUGAUGCACCAGCAAGAGCUUUUAUCCUCAACCACCGUGGCCAUACAUCCAGCCGGCCCUGUUCCAAAUGCAAAGUGUCUGGUACGCACAGCGAAGGUAGAUAUGUCUUCAAUGGCAUAAAGCAUCUGCUUAGGACUGACAACCAAUACUCUCAAUGUGUAGAUGAGGACCAUCAUAAAGAAGGUUGCACUCCACGUGUGCGGCCUUCCCUUCCAUUCCUGAUACCAUUUCUUCGCGGACCCAGUUAA